GUAUCCUUCGAUACCUUCGACAAACCGGCCGAUUUCAUUGAAGAAACCUCGUUCACGCUCAUAGCCAAACAUAAGGACUACGAAUACACAAAGCGCUCACGAACAUUUCUCUGCGGCUGCGAUGACAACUAUUAUUCCAACUAUGCGCUGCAAUGGUUGAUAGACGAGCUGGUAGACGACGGCGACGAGGUCGUGUGCCUGAGGGUGGUGGAGAAAGAUGAUAGCAUAGCCAGCGACAGAAGCGUAGAAAAGGGUCGCUACCGUGCUGAGGCAGAAUCAUUGAUGAAGUCUGUUCAGGGGAAGAACCAUGAAAACAAGGCGAUCAAUUUGAUUUUGGAGUUUGCGAUGGGGAAGGUGAACACUGUGAUAGAUGACAUGAUCAAUUUGUACGAGCCGGCAAUUCUCGUGGUCGGGACCAAAGGUCGAAGUCUCGGUGGUUUCCAAGGCCUGCUUCCUGGAUCGGUUUCGAAGUACUGCUUGCAGCAUUCACCUGUGCCCGUCAUUGUCGUGCGU